AUGGAAAAAAUGAUUAUAAUCGGGCACAACGAAUAUCUGGAAGAAUUCGUUCAAGAUUACGAAUUGCGCGAUAAUUUCCCAUCUGAAGCCGAUUUUGAGAAGAUGUUUAUUUGCCCAGUUGGAAGGCAGCAGGGCAUGAUGAAAUCUAUAACUUCUUUAUUAAGAAGUGCACCUCGUCGCAUCCAGACCUUUACAAAAUAG